AUGGAAGAUCCAGAUCUUUUGGAUAUUGAGACUGCCCACUUGUGUGGAUUAAAUGCAAGCUCGUCCACUGGUCAGUCACGAUACCUAGACUUACAUCAAGUCAACCCAAUCAAGUUGAUGAAAGAUAAAACAAGGAUAGGACAACAUUCUUACAUUAUUGUAAACUGGGCUGAUGGAAAGGAUGCUGCCUCUCUCAAUGUUGCUGAACAGUAUGUACAAGCAUUCCAAAAUUUAGCAAAGACAAGCAAUACUUUAAUUUUGCCCAACAACACUGGUGAUGUGAGCAAUGCUGUUGUUCAGGCAAUGUCAAUAUAUAAAAAGUUAAGUACAACUUUGAAUCCUGAAUCACAAUCUACAUCCUCAUUUUCACAUGAAAUACCAGAGUUAAUCCCUAGUACAUCCAAAGAAUUACAAGAAAAGAAAUCUGUAAAUACUUGAAUACAAUGUCCAUUGCUGUUCUCAAAUGAGAGUUAAUUUUGCAAAUAUACCUCAUUGUAUUAUUGCAAGUUGUUGUUUUUAUUCCUGUAACUUAUGCUGAUAUGAACUUGUAUUUUUAUGUAAUUUUGUACAUAUGUUAAAGUUUGGUUCUGAGAAAUAAUAGUAGCGGUCAGACUAAUUAAUGUAGAAAAAAUGAAAAUAUUGUAUGUAAGACUGCUCUUUUAUUGUGCCUAAUUAUAAGGAUGUGUGUGUGUUGUAAUAAGUAUAGCAAUUCUUUCUUUUAGGAAGAAAGCUUGAAAGACUAGAAUUACAGAAAGUAUCAACUAGAAAAUCUUAGUGUUCAAGAAACUUAAUAAUGAAAAAAAUAUGAAAGAAGUAAGAGAUUAAAAUACUAAUUAUAGAGGAGCGUUACUUUUAGAAAAGUCUAUGAUAAUUUCGGAAGCACUUAAGAGGACUAAAUUUGCCUUUAAUUGUAGUAGUAAUGAAAUUUUGUUUUUUAAGCCUGGCUUGAUAUUUUUUCUAAAUAAUAUUUUUUUUAUUUUACAAGUAAGAAUUGAAAAGACUGUCAUAACUGUCACUUAUUCUGUAUUGAAAAUAUUAUUAUUUUGAUGACAGGUUAAAUAAGAUUUAUUUUUGGCUGAGAAUCAAGUUAAAAUUUGCAACAAUCCUAAAAGCGUCUGAGGUGUCACAUUUUCCAAUGUUUCUUUGAAAUUAAAAAUGGAAAAACAUUAGCGUACAUAACUCUCAGGUAAAUAGAGCUUUCAGCCAUAUCUGAAAAUCAAUAUGCAGUGUUAUGCAAGUUUUGAAUGAAGUGACUAUAGUUUACUAAUGUGAUUCCUAAAUGAUUAAAAUACAAGAAUAAAUUUUCAAAUUUGUUAAAUAUAC